AUGGACACGACAUUUAGCAGUAAUGCAGACCGCCUGGAGUACCUGUACCUGAACUUAGUUGGGCAGCUGGUUCAGGUGCGCCUGGUAGAUGGCUCGGCUGUGGAGGGCAUCUUCGUCUCCCGCACAGACGUCGACGCGGACACGGAGGCAGGUAUUCUGCUCUGCUGCACCCGCUGUCUCCCCUCGGCGAAGCACAAGCCGCUGGACCCCUCGUGCCUGCAGUUAGAGGAGGACACAAGCAUCCCCUACCGGGACAUAGUGAUGGUGGAGGCGCAGAACGCAAAGAUCCGCACAGAAGUGCCCGGCCGGGCGGACACCACCCGCAGCGACUACGCCAUCACAAAGAUCGAUUGGGCCGAUGAGGGCGCCAAUGAGCUGCUGGACAGCGAACAGCACCAAACAGGGGCGUGGGAUCAAUUCGAGGCAAACGAGAAGAACUUUGGGGUGAAGACGUCCUACAAGGAGGAGAUCUACACCACCCGGCUGGAUCACAGCAAGAUCACAGAGGAGCAGCGGGCCCAUGCGGAUCGUGUGGCGCGUGAAAUCGAGGUCUCCGCGACGCGUGGCAUUGCCCACCGCAUGGAGCGUGAGGAGGUGUUGAAGGAUGACGGGGGCAUGGACGAGGGCGCACUCCACUCGGAUGUGCAGCGUCCGCAGGAGAAGAAGAAGACCUACACGCCCCCCGUUGCCGCCGCACGGAAGGUCAUCGGCGAGCUGCAGCCGGCGGCCUCUGCGGCGGCGCCAGUCGCCCCGGCCGCCGCAGCCGCAGUGAUGGGGGUAGAGGAUAACGCGAUGCGUUACAGACGCGGCGAGGAGGAAAAAAUCGCAAUUCAGCAUGACAACCACCCAAGGUCUCCUGGCUUUAACCCGGCGGCGGCGCCGUACACGCCGAUGAAGCCCGGAGGCGCUGCCGCGCCUGUGCUUGAUUUUAUGACGCUAUUGGCCGACGCGAUAAUGAGCAGCGACCAGUGCUACGAGGCCCCCCCCAACUGGCCUGGCACUUGCAUGUACUACGACCAGGACGAUUCGUCGUACUCGCAGCAGACCUAUGAGAGUGCCGCCGUCCCACAGAGCAUGGGGGCGGCGGCGCAGCAGAUGUACAUGGGUCAACAACAGGGUUUGCCAACGCACCAUAGAGCCUAUCAGGGAGGUGGGGGGCGCAUGAAUCCGGCCCAGCAGAUGCCAAUGCAUCACGUGCAUGCCCAGUCAUUUCAUCAACAGCACCAGCAGCACCAGCAGCACCAGCAUCAGCCCCAGCAUCAACAUCAGCAACCGCCGCAGCAGCCGUUCCACGGCUACGGCAAUUACAUGCCGCCGCAUCAAAACAACGCAGCCAUGCAAGACUACCCGCCCAAUAAAGGGGGCCCGCCAGGACCUAUGCGCAGCAACAUGCGGCAGCCAAAGGGCAGCAGCGCCUCCCGUGUAGAACCGCAGCAGCCGGUUAACGCCAACACUUCCGUUGCCCCGACGCCAGUGCCCACCGUGGAUAGCACGCCAAGCCCCGCCGCAGAGGUGAAGCACGCACCGAAGCUGCAACGUGGUCGCGGUGGUGCCGCACCCCAACGCGGCGACGCGGGCGACGGCGCGGGCGAGACGGCGGGCGGUAACGCCGGUGCCGCCACUUCCUCCGCUGGCCCAAAGAAGCGGAGUGGAAAGUAA